ACUAGAGGGCGCCAGAGUCUCAAGGCUGUCUUCAGCUCUGAACCCUUCACCUCAGGCAAGCUGUCCCACCCUGCGUCCUCUCCUCCAUCGUCUCCUCCCGGUGGUCUUUCUCCUCCCUCCUGGCACACACAGGCCCCUCUGGACACCCAGUCAGCACUAUCCCUCCAUGAGGGGCACAGGGAGGCACCGGGGGCCCUGGAUGCGGACCCCCAGCCUCUUCAGCAUGCUUCAGUCGGGAAUCUCAGCGAGCCGGGCAAACGGUCCCAGCAUGACGUGUCCACUCUAACUGACCUUUGUUCGGACCUGCCGGAGCUGGAGAUCGUGAGCCUGCUGUCAGAAGGUCAACCCAACUACACRCUUCGAGCAGACACCGUGUUUGGAUAUGACAACGACGACUGGCUGCAUACCCCUCUGCUGCCACCAGUCGUCGUCCUGGGACUCACACAUGAGCAGAUUGAGGAAACUUUCAAGUACUUCUUGCUGUGCUCAGACAGGGUGGGCCAGGUCACCAAGACGUAUCAUGACAUCAAAGCGGUCACCCACCUGCUGGAGGAGAAAGAGCGAGAUCUGGAGCUGGCAGCUCGAAUCGGUCAGUCGCUCCUGAAGCAAAACCAAGAGCUGACGGCCCGAAAUGAAAUGCUGGACGAGCAGCUCGAGAUCGCCAAGGAGGAGAUCGCUCAGCUUCGACAUGAGCUCUCGAUGCGAGACGACCUCCUUCAGUUCUACGCCAGCACCGAGGAAAUCGAAAACGCUCAGGCACACUCAACAAUUAAAAGGAACGAAUCCAGCAGUUCUCUCAGCAACUUUGUGCAUUACGACUUCCUGCAGCAGAAACUGAAGAGUUUAGAAGAGGAGAACCGCAAACUCAGAUUAGAGGCCAAUGAGCUCUCAACGGAGACGACGAACUACGAGGAGCAGGAACAGGAGCUGAUGAUGGUGUGUGUGGAGGAGCUCUCAUCUGCAAACAAGCAGGUGGUGGACCUGUCCGAGGAGCUGGCACGGAAAGUAGAGGACACUCUGCGACAGCAGGAGGAGAUCAGCUCGCUGCUCGCUCAGAUUGUUGACCUGCAGGCUCGCUGCAAGGGGCUUGCCCAUGAGAAUGAGGAACUGAACCAACACCUGAGUGCCUCCAGAGAAAACGAGUUAAAACUGAAAUCAGAGCUCAAAGACUUGCAGGACAAGUACUCUGAGUGUGAGGACAUGCUCCACGAGGCACAAAAAGACAUCAAAAAUCUGCGAAACAAGAGUUUGCCCAACAGCACGGUGCAGAGGUACACUGCUCUGGCCUCUGUCCUCCCCAUGGACUCUCUGGCAGCUGAGAUAGAAGGAACCUUUCGUAAAGGCCUGGACUCCCCGACUCCCUCAGAGUACAAGAGCCAUCCGUGGCGUGUGUUCGAAACGGUGAAAGUGGUGAACAAAGCCGGCAGGAUGCGCUCUCGGUGCCACUCACCAGGACUGCCAGGCUCCAGCCCGGUGUCGGCYCGCUCCAGCUGCACCAGCACUCCCAGAACCAGCUACUACGGCUCCGACAGCACCAGCAUUAACCUGGAGGACAAACCCAGCUCCACUCCUGCUCAGAAAGACGACAACAGUGUUGGUGGACCCAAACGUCUGGGUCAGCCGGGCACGCCCGGAGGCCCGGACCUGGAAGCUGCUCUGCACAGCCUCUCGGCCCGCCAGCAGAACCACUCCUCRGACCGGCCGUUCUUUGACGUGGAGCGGGAACGGAAGCUCCGAGCCUUGGCUGCAAACUGCAAGGAGGGAGACGGCUCCAGUGGCUUCCAGACCCCAAACGACAGCCUGGCCUCCAGCUCCGACGCGUCGACGGGCACCAAUUACUCCAACGGGAGCUCACGCCACUCCUGUGGUUCAUCGGGGGGGUCCCGGUCCUACCUGCCCGACCGGCUGCAGAUUGUUAAACCUCUUGAAGGCUCGGUGACUCUGCACCACUGGCAGCAGCUGGCCAAACCAAACCUGGGAGGCAUUCUCCACCCGCGUCCUGGAGUCCUGACGAAAGACUUCAAGGAGCUGGAGGUGGACAUUCAGCACGUCUACAGCCUGAACGACCUGGAGGAAGAUGAGCCUGACUUGACUCAGUUCUCCGGAGCUCAUGGAUUUGUUUCUCCAYCGGGCUCAAACCUCCCUCAGACCUCACCCACACAUACCAUCACCUCCAGCAAAGUCCUCCAACCCUCCCCUCUCAUUCCCUCCUUCUCCAAUAGCCUUCGCUCUUUCAACUUGCCACCUUGUCGGAACUGUGAGCUCAUGAGCGCCCCGCCCCCCGGCUCCUCCCACCCGCAUCACUUCUCCACCACGGGCUCCACCUCCUCCCUGGGCCUCCUGCAGCUGCUGCAGGAGCGCAGCAUCUCAGCCUGCCCCCACCCACACCGCAACCUCCGCUACAGCCGCGGUGCGCCGCCUCCGUGCGCCACACUGAAACACAAACCCGCAGGCUCACCCUCGGACCCAAACAGGAACGUUUUCAGCCUGAACCUGGUGGAGAAGCUGCAGAGCCUCGGGCUGCACAGGGUGGCAGCCUGGGGGAUGAGGAGGGACAGGGUCCAACACCAUCCUUCAAAAGUGUGACRUGUUCCCGGAUCACUCCUCCUCCUCCUCCCUCACCACGGUGACUUUCUACGAAGCCAUGAGAUCCCCGACCCGCCGCAGCAGCCGUGUCUUUGAAACAAAAAGCCACAGAAUGUGUUGUAGCCAUACUUGACUUGUAGGUUGUGUACAGUACCACCGUAAACAGUGUGAGAUGAUUACCACUCUCUCACACACACACGGAAAAAAUAAAUCAUUUUAUACUUUGUUCUGUGAAUAUCAUUUUAAAUAUUUCUCCAUCCCUGGUUUUAAAAACCUAAACAUGUUUAUUUUUAUUUUUUAUUUUUUAUUUCUUCAGUUUUUUUUGUAAAUAGUUGAAUAUUUAAAUAAAAAAAGACUACAUGCAGUAAAUGUCACACUGAAGAAAAUCCAAAUGCACUAAAGCACUCUGGUCUUCCUGCUACUUUGAAAACAGCAUGUUUAAAAAAAAAAAGAGUUGAAACGACGGAAGUGAGCAUUUCUUUUUUCUGUGUUCUGCAGUUUUUCACCUGAGUGGACUUUUCUUGAAGCCAAACCCCUGAGAAACCAAAUSGGGUUUGUUAUUCUGCAUCAAUAAGACUUUUCCAAACAAUCUGUUGUAUAAAUCUGCUGUAUGUCGCCUCAUCAGGGAUUUCUGUUUGAUCACAGUCAUGCUGCAUUCACAGGGAGUCCUGUUCAGUCGGGGUUAAUAAGUAAACAUUAAACAGCUGUAGCAAAAGGCAUAGGAUACUGUGGAUUUAGAAGGGAAUAGAAAACAGGUUUUAUUAUUGCACUUUGUUUCUGUGUAUUUCUCUUCGCUGUAUUCUGAUGUAGUUCUGUGUCAGUGUGUAAAUUUACCACCUGURAAUAAUUAAAAAAAAAACUUUGCAUUUUCA